GCGUGGAAGCUGUCCAUGGUGCUGAAACUUCAUCCCGGUCUGAAAUUAGAAGGUCCGUCGGCUCUAGGCAAAGGACAGAUUAACUAAACCUUAUAAACAUACACUGGAGUAACUUUUUAACAACUUUAAAAGUUUUUAUCGUUUGUCGGGGAAAAAACGCAAACUUUUUCUUCUCACCAUCAUGGACCUGCUUCCAGCCCAAGAAGCCGCUAAAAUCUACCACACCAACUAUGUGAGGAACUCCCGGGCCAUCGGCGUCAUGUGGGCCGUGUUCACCAUCUGCUUCGCCAUCAUCACCGUGGUGGUCUUCAUCCAGCCCUUCUGGAUCGGGGAUAGCGUCAACACGCCGCAGGCCGGAUACUUCGGCCUUUUCCACUACUGCAUCGGCAACGCGCUUACCUCUGAGCUCAUCUGUAAAGGCAGCAUCUUCGACUUCAACUCCAUCCCUUCCCCGGCCUUCAGGACUGCCAUGUUCUUCGUGGGAACCUCCAUGCUGUUGGUGGUGGGCACGAUGGUGGCCUUCAGUCUGUUCUUCUUCUGCAACGCAGGAAACGUUUACAAGAUCUGUGCAUGGAUGCAGCUGGCGUCAGCCGUGUUAAUGGUGAUGGGCUGCAUGAUCUACCCUGACGGCUGGAAUGCAGAGGAAGUAAAGAGGAUGUGUGGCCAGAAAACGGAUAAAUACGCUCUGGGAAACUGCACUGUGCGCUGGGCCUACAUCUUAGCCAUCAUCAGCAUUCUGGACGCCGCUCUCCUGGCUCUUCUGUCCUUCACUCUUGGUAAUCGGCAGGACAAACUGUUGCCGGAUGACUUUGAGAUUGAGGGAGCAGAAAACUCAUGAACACAUGGAUAGCCAUGAAAGAAGAUAUCCCGAAUCAAGAAGUAAAUCCUUUUCUCUUCAAAAGCAGUAGUGCUAUUCAUCCACUAUGUUCAUCCUGUCACCAAAUAAACACAUAAACAGUCAUUGUGUACUGCAUGAAGAUCUGUUUUUAUUGAAUGGUGUGUUGUACAGGUUUGUCUUUAACAACUCACACAAAGUCUAUGCUUUUGAAUGUGACACUAAUGUAAAUUGUAUGUCGUUUUUGUUUUUUAACCUUAAGGUCUCAGCAGAUAACAUAGCUUACUUUGAUAUGAUUGGUUUGCUACACCACCACAUAACAUCAGAUCUUACCGACUCUAUAGUUAAAAACAUGUACAUUACUUAAUUGGCCAUACAUACAACCAAGCUCAAACAUCUCCCAUACACUUUAUUAAAACACAGCUACCCAGCUAAAUCAAUUUAGCUAAGAUAAAAGAUUUGUUAAAAACUGUACAUAACUGUAAUAUACAUAAAGGCAAACUCUUUGGUACAGAUAUAUACAGUUUAUUUUCCUCUUCCCCUCCUAUUUUGAGCUGGUCUUUAACAUUUUCUCUCAUUGAAACCUUUUAAACACUAAACCUGAAUUGAAAAUGGUGUACGAGAAUACCAGCCUCCCAUGAGAACAAAACCAUCUCAUUUUUCAUUCACUGCCUUCCCAAUACCAGGUGACAUUAAGUUAGUUAUAGCCAAAUAUGCACAACUUAAUGAGUGCCCAAAAUACUCUAGAGAGCUUCAGAAAUGACAUGAAUGUUGCCGCAGUCAGUGUAAAUGUCAGCCUAGUGUGCAACUUUCUCAACCUACUUUACAAAUAAGAAUCCCUACACAUGAGUUAUAAGGUAAAAUAAUCCAUUUUUAAAAAGGAACACAGCACUAAUGACAAUGAAUGAGAAAAAUAAGUCCUUUUUUAAAGAACAAAGAAAAGGCUACAUAUCCUUGAUUUGUUUUGAGUUUUAGUGCAGGAGUGUAACAAACAAGGAGGCUUCACUAGCAGAACAAAGACAGUUUUGCUCCUGGUUGGAUGGGUUGAACAGCACAGCAGCUGGAGCAGACAUCAAAUUAUAAAUCCAAAUGGCUUCCCGACGUCACACGGAGAGGAGAACGAACAAAUACAAAGCAAACAUACACAGAAGCAACAGCUUGACGAAAACAUAAGAAAUGCAAAACAUUGCAACAAAAAGAGAAAUAAAUAUUCAUCUGAUAUGCCCAAAGUGGAAAGUGAUCUGUUGCAGUCUCUUAAGGAAGUGGGAAGGGAAGGAAAGGGAGGUGCAACGCCUGAACAUGUCCACUAGAGGGCGAGCCAGGGGUGGCGCAAGCACUCUGCAGCAGUGGCUCUUUUCUCUGGGACCAGCUCCAGCAUGGGAAGUAGGAAGUCAGAGAAGCACUCUGCUUCCUCACGGGGCCAUUCAUAUUUCUCAACCAACACCUCCAGCAGGCCCCACGGCUUCAGCUUGGUGAUGUGUUUCAAAUCACCUGCAGAUAAACCAAAAAAACAAUCCAUCACCACAGGGCUGUGAUGUCACUACAAAAAAAAAAAAAACAAAAAAAAAAAA